GAUAUUAAUGACGUGCUUAGGGAAAAAAAUGGCAGGCGAGAAAUCGAUGUGCUAGAAUGAAAACCCGCCAACAUUAGUUGCUCGUUGCGAUUUUAUCCACGUGCGAGUCUGAGUCUGGGAUUUACUUUCCUGCUUUGCUCGCACCUUUUUCCCAACGCUUCUCAUUUUCGUUCUGUGAUUAUCAAACCCUAACCCUAAAUUUUGAAUAUUUUUCUAUAGCCACAGUUUAAUCCUUGGAUUCAGGUCUUAAUGCUUAUUUCUACCCGUUUUGAUACACGGAGCUUCGAGGUCGAUAAUGGAGGUCUUGAAGGACGAAUUCUCGGAGCUAGAGAUUGGGAGCUCCGUCGACUCGUUCCAGAGGUUUAUGGACUUGCAGAGGGAGCUCUUCCACAGCCAGAUCGACCAGCUCCAGAAAAUCGUUGUCACGCAAUGCAAACUCACCGGCGUUAAUCCUCUCUCUCAAGAGAUGGCAGCUGGUGCUUUGUCAAUAAAAAUUGGAAAGAGGCCUAGGGAUUUGCUAAACCCUAAGGCUGUAAAGUAUAUGCAAUCGGUUUUCUCUAUUAAAGAUGCUAUUAGUAAGAAGGAAUCUCGUGAGAUCAGUGCUCUUUUUGGAGUCACAGUCACACAGGUUCGUGAUUUUUUUAAUAGUCAACGGUCAAGGGUAAGGAAACUAGUCCGGUUGUCAAGGGAGAAGGCCAUGAGAUCCGGCGCAUGUAAAGAACCGCAUGAUGAUGUCCUAAUAAGUUCUGAUCCUACGAUACCUAUUGAUUUGGUUCCCUUAGACUCUGUUGGUCCUGCUAGUGUCGAAGAAGCCCCAUCUUGUUCAACACAGGAUGAUGCUCUACCUGGCUUAGAUGACGAAGAAAAACAUUUUGUUGAAAAUAUUUUCAUUUUAAUGCGGAAAGAAGAAACUUUUUCUGGGCAGGUGAAACUGAUGGAGUGGAUCUUGCAGAUACAAAAUUCUUCAGUAUUAUGUUGGUUUUUAAGUAAAGGCGGUGUUAUGAUUUUGGCUACUUGGUUGAGUCAAGCUGCUGUCGAAGAGCAAACAAGCGUUCUUCUUGUAAUUCUUAAGGUUCUUUGUCAUAUGCCUCUCCAUAAAGCUCUUCCUGUACAUAUGUCAGCCAUUCUGCAAAGUGUUAACAGACUGCGAUUUUAUAGGGCAUCAGACAUAUCAAACAGGGCAAGAGUUUUGUUAUCGAGAUGGAGCAAAUUAUUAGCAAGAAGCCAAGCAUUGAAGAAACCUAAUGGCAUGAAAUCUUCCAGUGACAUUCAUAAUGAUAUAAUGCUGAAGCAGAGUAUUGAGGAUAUAGUGGGUGAAGAAUCAUGGCACUCUGGUAUCGAUAUUCCUGAAGACAUUCUUGCUCCUUAUGGAAAUUUAGAGAAUUCAAGAAAAUUGGAAUCUCCACAAGCACUGAAACUUUUACCAGCAUCUUCAGAUGACUUAAAUAGGAAGCAAAUUCUCGGUGUCUCUUCAUCCCAAACCAGAGAACGCAGAAAAGUUCAGAUGGUGGAACAGCCGGUUCAAAAAAUGGGAGGCAGAAGCCAACAGGCCACAAGAGCGGCACCUGUGAGUCGAGGCCGUCCAAUGUCUGCUGAUGACAUUCAAAAGGCGAAAAUGCGUGCUCUAUUCAUGCAAAGCAAGUAUGGGAAAACUGGUUCUUCUCAUGAUAGUAAAGAAGUAAAAACUGAAGGUCUUAACAAACCUUCAAACACUCAGCCCAACACUUCAAAUCCAGUAUAUAAAGUUGCUCUUCGGCCUAAAACUGAGGAAGAAAAGAAACCUGUCGUACACCUAUUGAAAAAUUCUAAGAGGUCGGAAACUCCUCUUAAUACAAUGCUGAAAAUGAAUUCAAAGGAGCCUUUAUGGGAGAAGUGCGGGAGGGUUCAGAUCCCCUGGCAGAUGCCACCAGAAAUGAUACACGAUGAUGUUUGGAGAGUCGGUGCCGGUGAGAAUAGCAAAGAGGUAGAAGUCCAGAAAAACAGAAACCGCCGUGAGAAGGAAACUAUUUACCAGACAGUCCUGGAGAUCCCAUCCAAUCCCAAGGAACCAUGGGACAUUGAAAUUGACUAUGAUGACACACUGACCCCAGAAAUCCCAACCGAACAGCUGCCCGAUGCUGACGGUUCAGAACCACAGGUUGCUUCUAAUCAAGAUGUAAACAAUGCUGUUUCUUUGGAACCCACCUCGUCUCAAGUUGGUAAUGCAAGUACAGCCGAACCAGAUCUUGAGUUGCUUGCAGUUCUGCUGAAAAACCCUGAAUUGGUAUAUGCGUUGACUUCUGGACAAGCUGGAAAUUUAUCAGAUGAACAAACUGUGAAACUGCUCGAUAUGAUCAAGGCUGGCGGGGCUGGUUUUAAUAUGUUAGGUGGAAAAGCGGAGGAGCAGGUCCAAGUUUCACUUCCAUCCCCGACUCCCUCCAGCAAUCCUGGAACGAGUGGAUGGGGGGCAGAAGUUACGAAGAAUCCGUUCUCGCAACAAACGUCAAUGGCUAACAGAGCUGCCUACACUUCGCAAGGAUUAGCUACCACCGGCUUGGUGUUCUCUCAAGCUACAACAUCUAACCUUGUUCAACCACAGCAGCAGCCAGCAAUAAUGGCUACUUAUUCAUUGCCUCAAACGACUAAAAGCAUACCCGAAAACCAGCUGCCUUCUAUUGUUCACCACAAUCUACUUACCAAUUCUCCAAUCUUGCAAACACCGGCCUCAGAAGUAGUCGUAACCACAAAGAAUUUGUCUGCCAUGGGCGCUUCCUUGCAUAACUUGUCAACUGCUGCUGUCACACCAAAUGCACCCGCUUCCUUCCCAUCACUUCCUUUAAUGCGAAUUCCGGCGCGGCCCCAAACAGUAUCUCAAUCACUGCAUCCAUCACCCCUUUUGUCUGAGCCUCGGAUACCUGCAGCUGAAUACUCUAGACCGCCAAUCGGAAAACUAGACCCCGUUUCUGACUCCGUUUGGAGAGCAAGUCAGGGUCUGCCUCCAAAUUAUCAUUCCCAAGCUAAUCAAAAUAACUAUAAUGCAAUGGUUGGAGGAUCUAGGCAGCCUCCGUUGCAGCCGGGUCCUUCUUGGGAGAGAAAUGAAUAUGUUGUUGGAGAAGAAUUUGAAUCAUGGAGCCCAGAGAAUAGCCCUACUCGAACCACAGACUACAUGUUGGGACGGAAUUUUCCUGAACUGAGAACGAACCCGGGGUGGAAUUAUAGGCCUGACCGGUCUAGACAACGGAAUUUUUCUGGUUACCGGGACCAUAAUAGGUAUGGAGACAGAAAGUGGCGUGACCGGAGGCACUGAAUUUGUACUUAAAUUUGGCUUGAUCUUGCACUGCCCGACUGGCAAUUUUCCUGAUAUAGAGGGAUUUGUGAAUAACGGAGUUUUUCGCAUGGGAGUUGGGAGGUUUCAGGCUUACAAUGGGUUUCGGUACGAGGACAAUAUUAGAAUUCAGUUGACUUUAUUGACGCCAUUGCAGCAAUCUCAGAGAUGUUCAUAACUUUUCAUUAUUAAUCGGAUUAAAAUGGUCUAAAAGCUUGCCAA